AUGGCCAAAUGCUUAAUUCAAUGCUUGCAUUACCUAUUACCUGGUCAUCUAGUUCUCGUUAGGCUUCUUCUCUACUGCCUAUGCCUUUGGUUGCCGAAUGUCCGUGGGCAAUGUAUAGACACCUACGAGCCGGGCUGUCAGCAAAAUGUGGAAUUGGGAUUUCCACAGCGUCACUGCAUCGAUCCGACGAAGUACUGGAUAUGUCACAGCCUAGGCAACCAAGCAAAGGCCGAUCUGAAGUCCUGCGCUCCGAAUACGGGAUUUGAUCAAGAUAUAAACACUUGCAUUCCAUGGAUUAUUUGGCGCUGGCAGCCAUGCGUUGAACCACCUAGUCGCCCAAUAGGCUGGCACGGCUGUGAUUGAUAAUAUCUUCUGGAACUCUGCACUUAAAGCAUUAAACAAUAAAGACAAAAGUCACCAAAACGUUCAUAUGUAAUCAUUAA